GCCUGUUGUAUAACGUUCAAGUACAAUCGUCAAUGUCAGCGAGGCAAUCUGGUUUUUCAACACCCAUGUCCGACAUCAGUAUGGAAUCAUCGUUGCCAUGGGCGAUAGAGAAAGAUGAUCUACUGCAGGAACUUGUCGGUGUCAAGAGGCAGUUAGAAAGGGAACGGAGAAUGGCAAAGCGGGAAAUUGAAAGAUCUAUGCAGGAGAUGAAAAACAGCCUGAUAGAAGAAAUAAAACACAGUAUAGCUCACGAAACACAAAACUUAAAAGAUGAGUUACAGGCAAAAGAAGAUGAACUCAAUCACUUAAGACUGGAGUUUCGUCAAAAUAAACAUAAACACUUUGAAUCAUCCGGUCGUCCAAAAGAGAUUUUAUUAGAAGACCAUCGAGGAGAUAUCACAUGACAGCAAGAAAGGUUUUCCCCUUAGACAUCUAGUGUGCAGAGAUAACAACAAUAUUCUACAACUGUAUAUUGCCAUUGAAUAUUAUUGUAUAAGGGACCAUAUCCCAAUCAAUAUGUGUCAGCUCUCUCUCUUUCUCUCUUCUUGAUCAAUGACUUGUUUUGUAAAUAAUUUGUUUAUAUCUGUUGUUGAAUCAUAUCUGCCGACCACAUACUUUAGAACACAGAAAGAUUGUCAGUUUGUUACGAGGACAGGAUCCCGUAUUAUGGCUAUGUCAG